CUUGAUUCGACUCGACUGGUCGUAUGAUACAAUGCAUGAUUAUUGGUGCGCUGUUGUCAUCCCCAUCAUGGAGAUUCUUGCGGCGAUGCUGCUGCACUCCCAGCUUUACCCGCUGAAAUCAAAUCGUUUCCUUUCCGGUGGCUCCUGUGUCUAUGCCUCGCUUACAAAGAGGCCUAGUUUUCCCCUACCACAGCCGUAGCUCGCUAUAUCAUUUGGACACACAGUAGAGAUAUGGUAGGUGAAGGGUGCCCUCUUCGAAAGUGCGCAACUUGUGAUAUGAGAAAUAUCUAGCCAAGCGCUCCCCGAAUGCCGAGAAAGCAAGCACAUUUAUCGAUUACCGUGCGUGGACCCGUCAGCCCACGGUAGUUCUACAGUAAUUCGAUAGGUCAAGAGAAUUGCGAACGCUGGUUGAUGAGAUCCAACACACCUAAUGAGUCGACAUUGGACCGUGUCGGGGGGGGACACUAAUCCCUCUCAGGAGCUGCUGUCUCAGAACCCCGAGAUUACAGAACCGAAGCAGAUGGUGGAUUAUAAUCCUCAUGGUACUCUCCCAACCAUAAAGCAAAUUUCUUCUUUAGAGUGUUCGCAAUGGUUCCAUCAGCCUCAGUCCCGGACCCCAUCCAUCCUUCUUCACCCACAGCCACAUCUUGGUGCCUUCCAACGCAACCGCCACAAAAAUUUUCUGCUAAAGUAAACCCAUAACCUAACAUCUCCAUUUCUCCCUCCCCGGCCACCCAUCCGACCGACCAUGGCCACAGCGACAACUACGGCGGCAGCAUCCCCGGACGCUUCGCUCGCCGAGAAGAUCCUCAAUCCCCAGUCCCAGCAGUUUGGAAACCGAUUCGCAUUUCACGAGUUUCUGAGGAAGGAGUAUAGGUUUGGUCUGGAUCCUAAUCGGAGGACUUGUCCGCUGUUUGUGCAGGGACAUUGUCCCAUGGGGAACAGCUGUCCGGAUAAACAUGCGGUUUCAAGCUCCUUUAACAAUUUAGUUUGCAAGCAUUGGUUGAGGUCGCUAUGCAAGAAAGGGGAGGCAUGUGAGUUUCUUCAUGAACGCAAAAUGCCCGAAUGCAAUUUCUUCGUGCGAAAUGGCUACUGCAGCAACGGAGAGGAAUGUCUAUACUUACACGUAGACCCCGACAGUAAAAUCCCUCCAUGCCCACACUUCGAGAACGGCUUCUGUCCACUAGGCCCCACGUGCUCCAAAAAACACGUCAGGAAGCAGAUCUGCAAGUUUUAUCUGGCUGGCUUCUGUCCGGACGGCAGAAGCAAUUGCAAAGAGGGGACUCAUCCAAAGUGGAAGACGGGGUUGCCGGCGCCAACGGUAAAGAAGCCAAGAGAGGAGGUGGAGAAGGAACGUGAUGGGGAUAGAGAAGGCGGGGGUGAGGGGUUCCGGGGGAGGGGAAGUUUCGAAAGGAGAAGGUUUUAUGGAGGGAGGGGAAGAAGGGAUAGGGAUAGGUAGAUUUCAACAAGCCUUUUUACAAUCGUUGCUCAUGAUGGAGCCAAAUCUUGUUUUUGAAAGUUUUAUUUGUUCUUAAACCCGUUUUCUGUGCGGGGAAGCCUUAAUGAUGGUUGUGGUGGUUUUGUUUUGAUUCGGCAUUAACAUGUCUUUGUUUUUUGUUUUUUCUCUCCUCUCCUCUUCUUUUCUUUUCUUCCGCUUCCUCCUCUUUUCUAUUCCCCUUUAUACUAUGUUUUCCUUCCUUUAUUUUUUUAUUUUUCCAUCAUUCUUCUUUUUCCUUUUGCUUUCUUUUCGUCUCAUAUCGGCGAAUAGGGAAUUUCCACCUGCAUUAGACUGCUGACAGCUACUGUGGAAAAUAUUCGAGUAUGAAUUCAUGGGUUAUUCUGCAA